AUCCUUUCUCGCCCAAAAGCAGCUUCCACAAAGACACGCAAAACACGAAGCAAGCAAUGAUGAGGUCCCCAUGGUGGUCUGUGGUAAUGGCAGGUCUGCUGUUGACCCCAACAGCGCAUGGAUUAUCGCUUUACAUGUCUGGUUCCAAGGAGAUCUAUGGAGUGAGAAAUUCUGGGUGGAAAUCGCCUCAAUGGAACUGGGGAUACGCCCAGGGCACAGGCCAUGAUUGUGCGGCCAUUUGUCGUCGUCAGUGGUCCACCAUGGAAGCGCGACAAGAGCUUGUGGAAAACUUGUUAGAACCAGCUGAGGAUCCCGAAUCGAGACGGCCCAAGAACUUUGAAGAAGUCAAGCUUGUUUUAGGAUUGGCAUGGCAACGGGGUCGGUGGGAUGGUUCCGAUGGAGGUUCAGGUGGUUAUGGAGAUGUACUGCGUACCAUGGCAGAAGCCAAACGAUACGAAGAUGGAACCGAUGAUGAAAAUGCUCUACGACUGGUAGAAGACAUGCAAUGUCGCUUUGAUCUUUUGGCAGACAACACGUCGCUAGAAUUGCGCGAAAUGAGAGCACUCUUGGAUGGUGACGCUGCGGAAGACAUGGAUUAUGUACAACGACAGUGCAGUGGUCUAGUUUUGGAAGCAAUGGGGUUUAUUGAAAAAGGAUUAUAAGCAAAGUUUGUUCUCUUGCACAAUCCUUAACAAUAGCUCAUCUAGCUAGCUUCGCAGAGCCUUGAUGAAGUCCUUCAUCCCCAGGACAGAGUACUCAUCUUUGUAUCGUUCCACUAGUGCGUCAAGGUUGUACCCCUCAACACCCCCCUCCUCGCUUCCACGCUCGUACUUUUGAUGGCUUUCCGUACGUGAGGUGAAAAUAUCCAGCAAACGAUCAGUUCCCAUACUGAACAUUGUGGAAUUGUCCGUGUUGACAAUAGCGUUGCUCAUGGCAAGUUUCUUCUCCUGGAUUGACAUAAUCUUCUCCUCAAUCGUAUCUUUUGUAACAAGACGAUACACGUUCACAGUUCUGGAUUGGCCGAUUCGAUGGGCUCGAUCAGCAGCCUGCAGGUCCGCAUGUGGAUUGAAGUCACUCUCCAGGAAGCAAACAGUAUCAGCACCUGAGGACCAAGUUGUGUUGUGAGAGAGGA